CAUUAUAUUUCCACUAGACAGCACUAGGAGACUACCAAGUGCAUGGCAGAGGUGGUGUGUGUGCAUGCACGUGUGCGCGCGUGCGAGUGUCGUUGGAGGCAGUGGUCCAUCACCGCCAGAUUGUGAAAGACUGAGUCGAUUUCGCCCGGCAGUCAAUACAGGAAAGAGGCGGAAAGAAUAGAAUGCACAAAGACCCAAAUAUGUGGGCUGGCACAUUGUGUUUUGGGAACUCAUUCUUAUAGUAGUAUGAUUUUUAAAAAGAAGAGGAAAAGAAGCAUUUGUUGAGUGUUUACUUUGAACCAGGCAUUGGCAGCAGGCCUUUUACAGCCAUUCUCAUCUUCACAACUACAGGAUGAAGGAGAAGUUAUUCUAUUUUGCCAGAGACAGAAUGGAGGCUCAGAAAGGUUGGACCAUUUAUUCUCGGAGUUGUUCUUCCUCUUUAUCUGGAAAGCCUCUUGGAGACAGGCAGCCUUUCGUUAAUGCCUGUUCUCCUCCACAGCACCUAGCACGCAGCUCUGCACGUGGUAGGCACUCAGAAAGUUUGUGAUGAACGAAGGAUAUUCUUUCUCAAGUCAGAGCUCCACGCGCAAGGCCAGGGAGCAGAAGCACCAGAGGGCGCCCACGAGUCCGCCCACCCGCCGGUCCCCAGAGCCCCGGCAAGAUUCAGGACUGGGUGCGGCCCUUCUGUCCCAAGCAGUUGAGCGCCCCAGCGAGAGGAGGGUGCGAGGGGAGCCCCACGCCCUGGCUCCGCCCCGCCCCCUCCCCAGAGCCCAGGCGCGCGGAGCCGCCGGGUGCGGAACGACGACACGACAUCCUGUUUUUGGGGCCCGCGGCUCCGCCUGCGCCUCUGCUGAUCUUGUCUUUCCCCGGGUGCUGACGCCAGCUCUCCUUCCCCCAGUCUCCGCACCCUUCCCAGGGGUCUGGGGCCUUCCCACUGCUGAAUCACCACCACCCCGCACUCCCCCGGGGCUCGGGGCAGAGGUGGGGACUGCCCCAGCUGGACCUAUUCUGGCCAACCCCCAGCCUGGGCCAUCGCUCGAUCCCUGGGCUUGACUGAAGCCCCGAGCCGCUGCCGCCGCCCCCCAGCUCCCCCGCGGCGGGGAGGGCACCAGGUCACUGCAUCCAGAGGGGCCCAGAAGAGGAAGGAGGCAUAGCCUCCACCGCAGCAGCUGCACCCGCCAUGCAGAGCAUCAAGUGUGUGGUGGUAGGCGAUGGGGCUGUGGGCAAGACGUGCCUGCUCAUCUGCUACACAACCAACGCCUUUCCCAAGGAGUACAUCCCCACAGUGUUCGACAAUUAUAGCGCCCAGAGUGCAGUUGACGGGCGCACGGUGAACCUGAACCUGUGGGACACAGCGGGCCAGGAGGAGUACGACCGCCUCCGCACACUCUCCUACCCUCAGACCAACGUGUUUGUCAUCUGUUUCUCCAUUGCCAGUCCGCCCUCUUAUGAGAAUGUGCGGCACAAGUGGCAUCCAGAGGUGUGCCACCACUGCCCCGACGUGCCCAUCCUCCUGGUGGGCACCAAGAAGGACCUGAGAGCCCAGCCUGACACCCUACGGCGCCUGAAGGAGCAGGGCCAGGCACCCAUCACACCGCAGCAGGGCCAGGCGCUGGCCAAGCAGAUCCACGCUGUGCGCUACCUCGAGUGCUCAGCCCUGCAGCAGGACGGCGUCAAGGAAGUGUUUGCUGAGGCUGUCCGGGCCGUGCUCAACCCCACGCCCGUCAAACGUGGGCGGUCCUGCGUCCUCUUGUGACCCUGGCACUCAGCUUGGAGGCUGCCCCUGCCCCGCCACCAGUUGUGCCUUUGUGCCUUGGCGCCUUGUCUGCCCCCAGCUGUGCCUUAAGGACUAAUUCUGGCACCCCUUGCCAAGGGGGCUCCCCGAAUGCCUUUUUCUCCUUAAGGAGGCCCACGGGGAAAGGGGCUUUGGGCCCUGCCCCACUCUGCUUGGGAACACCAGGUAUGCUCAAGAGCUCACCCAGGCCAAGGUUGGACCCCUCCCCAAGAAGCCAACCCAGUGCCUCCUCCCAACUUUCCCCUACUGACCAGUUGAUCCAGCUUUCCACACAGAUGUUGCUGCCUAUUGUGGUGCCUUCUCUCAGGUUAGGAGCUCUCAGCCAUCCCUAACCUCUCCCUCGCUGCUCUUCAAAUUGCCCCCCCACCCCAAGAUGCUCUCUCCCUUCCCCAGAGAAGGAGCCACAGACUCCUAAGAAGAUGAAUGUGCCCUAACCUACCCCCAUGUGCCCAGGCCUUACGCAUCCGCUGACUGACUCAGCCCCACCCCCACCCCCUCUGGGCUCCUGGGGGCCCCUCCUACCCCCAUCAGCAUCAAUAAAACCUCCUGUCUCCA